AUGCUGGGUAAUGCUAUCUGCAGGGUGAAGCUUCGCUUGGGUCGAAUCAUUCCACUACGAUUUGCAACCACCCGACUGAGUCCAGCUUUGCCUAUAAUUAACGCAAGUGGAGGUGCAUAUACGGCAGACAGAACUAAGCCUACGCAUGAAGACAAAAGGGCUCUUAUUGAAUCUAUAACAAACCCACUAGAGCUGAUAGAGCAGAAGAUCAGGUCGAAAUCAUUCGUGUACCCCUACAACUACUUAAACGAGGAGACUGCGCAACAACUAGUUAUAUUUGAAAACUUUGCUUCUUCAGUUCAUGAUCAAGUGUUGAAAAGUGCCAGCUUUGAUGAUAGCUAUCUCACGGUCGCAGAAUUCAUAAACCCCAAUCGCCAUCUUUUACCAGUGCUUAUAAACUCCCUCCAUCAUGGGAAAUACCCACAGGAAAUGCUUGAAUUAUACAACCUCAAAGACAAGGAUGAACUAUUGGAACAUGUAUUAACCCAUGUUCUAUACAAAGAUUAUUUGGAGUACAAGAUUGAAACAACGCCGUACGAAAAAUCAAUGAUUGACUUCUCCAACCCUGCACAAUGGUUUCCUGAAGCGAGGAAGAUGAAACGUAAAAUAGUGAUGCAUGUUGGACCUACAAAUAGCGGGAAAACUCACCACUCGUUACAAAAGCUUUCAAAAGUAAAAACAGGCUACUAUGCUGGUCCAUUGAGAUUGUUGGCGCGUGAAAUCUAUGAACGAUUCAACGACCAGGGCAUUGGAUGUAAUUUGAUUACAGGUGAAGAAGUUAUACCCUCAAUUGAUGAAUAUGGAAGAGUAAGUGGGUUGGCUUCUGGGACUAUUGAAAUGAUCCCAUUGCACAAAAAGAUGGAUCUUUGCGUUAUUGAUGAAAUACAAAUGAUUGGCGAUCCACAAAGGGGUUCUGUUUGGACUAACGCAGUGUUGGGAGUUUUGGCUCACGAAAUUCAUUUAUGUGGAGAAGAGAGUGCUGUUCCCUUGAUUGAGAGGUUAGUUAAAAUUACUGGCGAUGAGUUGGUUGUAAAGAAAUUUGACCGGCUAGGGAAAUUAACGGUGGAGAAGAAGCCAACAAGUUUAAAAACUUUAAAAAAGGGUGAUUGCUUGGUUGUGUUUUCAAAGAGAAAGAUUUUGGACUACAAGUGUAGCAUCGAAAAAGAGACAACAUUGAAAGUUGGUAUGAUUUACGGUGCGUUGCCGCCCGAAAUAAGGGCUCAAGAAGCCGCUAGAUUCAAUAGUGGUGAAUAUGACGUGCUUGUGGCUUCUGACGCAAUUGGUAUGGGAUUAAACUUGAAGAUCAACCGAAUUGUGUUUAGUGGGAUAAACAAAUUCAAUGGAUCUGAAGUUGAGAACUUGUCGACGUCGCAAGUCAAACAGAUUGCAGGGAGGGCGGGUAGGUUUAGUGCAGAACAUGGCUCGAGAGAGGGGUUUGUCACGGCUUUGCAAAGAGCUAGUUUAUUGUACAUUAAGGAAUGUCUAGAGAGGCCGAUUGUUGAACUUGAAAAAGCAUGUCUUUGGCCAACAGACCUCGUGUGGAAGUACUACAUGACAAACUAUUCAACUGAAGGCCCCUUAUCGGAGACCCUUUCCCAUUUCAUUGCCAGUACACUGAACUUUAAAUCAGAAUUAUACUUUCUAGCUGACUUGGAAGUUAAGACGGGAAUUUUGGAAAUCAUAUCAAAGGACAAAAUGCUAAAAAACAUGACCAUUGAUGAUCAAUUAACCUUAAGUGAGACUCCAAUUUCAAUCCAUGGCCCCAUGAAUAGACAACUUGUCGUCCCCACAGUUAAGAAGUUUUUUAAAAAUAUUGUUGAGAGAAGUUGCAAAACUAUAUUUGAUUUUGGGUUUUUGGAUCUACCCCUUUUGUCAGCCAAAUCGUUGCUCACCAAAGAUAUUAAAGUCCCGUUGGGUAAUGUUGAAGAAUUGGAAAUCGUUGGAGGUCCAGCUGGAACUGGUAAGACAACACAAGGUGAAUUACUUGCAAAACAUUACCAAUGUCCAUUUAUAGAAGGAGACUCAUUGCAUCCACAGGCAAAUAUCGACAAAAUGUCUCGAGGAGAGCCAUUGACGGAUGAGGACAGAUGGGGUUGGCUCAAGAAGCUAGCACACGAAGCUAGCAUCAGAGCUAUUGAAGAUCCAAGCAAGACGAGUGUUGUCUCCUGUUCAAUAUUGAAGAAGGUUUACCGUGAUUAUAUCAAGCAAAAUUCUUUGGGACAUGACUUAAACUUUCGAUUUGUGUUUCUUUACACUACAUUUGAAGAGUUGGUGAAACGAGUUGAGAACAGGAAAGGUCAUUAUAUGAAAUCUGACAUGGUAAAGUCUCAAUACGAUAUUAUGGAAAUUCCUCGAGGUGAUGAGUUAUUGAGGAAUGGUGGAGAAGGUGUAAGUGUUGACUCUACUGGAAAAUCAGAAGAAGCUAUAUUUGAUGAUAUUCUUAAACAAUUGAGCUUACCAAAAGAUAGGUAG